AUGCAAGAGUUUUUCGGCUCCGUUCGUCGAUCCUUUGUUUUCAGACAAAGGGACGAUGGAAUCGCCGACAAGAUUGGCUCUGCCAUUCGAAAAUCGCGAUUAGGCCUCAAGCCUCUUCCUCCGCCACUUCCCGCCCCUCCCAUCCGGUGGCGCAAAGGCGAGUUGAUUGGUUCCGGUGCCUUCGGUCGCGUCUACAUGGGCAUGAACCUUGACUCCGGGGAGCUUAUUGCUAUCAAACAGGUUUUGAUCGCUCCUGGUAGCGCUUCCGACGAGAAUACGCAGGCAAAUAUUCGGGAGCUCGAAGAAGAAGUGAAGCUUCUCAAGAAUCUCAAGCAUCCAAAUAUUGUAAGAUACUUGGGAAUUGCUAGAGAGGAGGAUUCCUUAAAUAUUCUUCUGGAGUUUGUACCUGGUGGAUCUAUCUCAUCACUCUUGGGGAAAUUCGGAUCCUUCCCCGAGUCCGUUAUAAAAAUGUAUACAAAACAGCUUUUACUGGGCCUUGAAUACCUUCAUAAUAAUGGCAUUAUUCACAGGGAUAUUAAGGGUGCAAACAUUCUAGUUGAUAACAAAGGCUGCAUCAAACUUGCAGACUUCGGUGCAUCCAAGAAAGUUGUUGAACUGGCUAUAAAUGCUGCGAAGUCAAUAAAGGGUACCCCGCAUUGGAUGUCUCCUGAAGUAAUUUUACAGACAGGACAUACAAUCUCUACUGAUAUAUGGAGUGUUGCAUGCACUGUGAUAGAGAUGGCCACAGGAAAGCCUCCGUGGAGUCAACAGUAUCCCCACGAGAUUUCGGCUCUUUACUACAUUGGGACAACUAAAUCUCAUCCACCCAUACCUGAACAUCUGUCUGCUGAGGCCAAGGACUUUUUGCUUAAAUGCUUCCGGAAGGAACCAAAUUUAAGGCCUUCUGCGUCAGACUUGUUACUGCAUCCAUUCAUCACCUGUGAGUAUCUGGAAUCUCAUUCAAUGUUACGCAGUUCAAUCAGGGACUCUUGCAAUCAGAUGGCAACAUAUGGGAUGAACUCUAGAAACUUUUUGGAUUCUGUCCGGAGAUCAACCUGCACGGGCCUUAAGGAUGUCUGUCGGAUGGAUAACUUACGGUUCUCGACUGUAUAUCAUUCAAAUUUUCUAAAAGCAGGUUCCUACCAGGGAGCAGACAACUAUGAUGAUGACAUGUGUCAGAUGGAUGAUAAAGAUGCUUUUUCGGUUGUUUCAUCAGUAAAAUCUAAAUCUCUAUUUGCUUCUGAUGAUAUAAAGAGUUUCACUCCUAUGUGCGAACCUGUGGAUGACUGGCCUUGCAAGUUUGAUGAAAAUCUAAAUUUGGAGAAAAGCAUAACGAACUUGUCUCCGGAUCAAACUAUUGGGAAAAUUAUGAGAAGUCACGAACCAUCUAAGAAGGCGGAGAAUGAAUUCUCAUUUUCAAGUGAGCCUCUAGGAGCUGAAGAGGAUGAUGAAGUCACAGAGUUCAAAAUUAGAGCUUUCCUAGAUGAUAAGGCCUUCGAACUGAAGAAACUCCAAACACCUCUUUAUGAAGAAUUCUUUGGCAUAUCAAAUGCAGCCAUUGCUCCUGCACCUGUUGCAGUUGCACAGAGUAAAAUUGUUUCCGAUGUCUCCAAUUUAACAUCAAAAGGCAGGUCUCCAAGUGAGGCUUGGAGACGAAUCUCAAUCGCUGGCAGUGCCAAUGUUGCAAGCCUUGGGAGUCACAACAAAUAUCAAUCAAAGCUUAGUAGUGCUCACAGUCGACCUUUGCAGGAAAUUCAACCAUCUGAGCUCAAUGAAUCAAAGGAGACUCUUCACGAUACUGAGCUGGAAUCUUUUAGUGUUAGCUCAAGCUUUUCUGAGAGACAAAGGAAAUGGAAAGAAGAACUUGUUGAAGAACUUGAAUGGAAGCGAGAGAUGAUGCGCCAGGCAGGAUUAGGAGGGAAGAUAACAUCCCCAAAGGAUCCCAAUUUUUAUGGAGAUUGA